GCCGGAGAAGGACGCUGGGUCUCGGUCAGUCCGCGAGUCGGUGAGUCGGUCGGUCCCGAGCUCAGAGGGUCCAGAUGUUUUUCAUCCAGAUGUGGUUUAGCACCGCCCACCGCCACUUUAACAGGCGUUAGAUUUCAAAACAGGAGGAGAACUCUCAUUUCAUUAAAGGCUCGAUUCUCAAGGAACAUUUCAAACUUGAGAUUCUGAGAAACUUCUUCUUUCUUUUCUUUAAACGUUCACAGAAGAAUGAAAACAAACUUUAAAUAAAUGGGACCAAAAAGUCUCACGAACCAAAAAUCACCAAUCAGAGCCGUUUCUGUCACUGUGACCUUUGACCUUGGCUGAGUUAAUCCAAGAAUCCUCUUAGAGCUGAGGUGUUAACAUCUGGAACGGCUGCUCAGGGUUCAUCCUCUCGUAGCUCCGCCCCCCUCUCCUCCCUCUAACAGGCUUAUUCCAGCUCAUUAGGCUGGUUAUCAUGAAACCACACACACACACACACACACACACACACACACACACACACACAUUGUUACACUUCAUCUCAAAAUGUGAGUUUAACACAGGAUUUAUGACGUCACUACCAGUCAUUAAUAUUGUUAUAUUUAAUAGUGAUGUUUAUAAUACUAAUACUAUUGUUAUUACUUUAAACGGAUGAUUAAUUAUCAUUAUUACAUGAUGAUAUUUAAUAUUAGUGAUGUAUUACAAUAUUUCAAGAAUAAAGUCGGAAUACUGUAUUAUAAAGGAAAAAAAUAAAAAUAUAAAGAAGCUUUUAUUCUGAAAGGGUUAUAGCGAACAUAGGAGGAAGCGGAAGUAUAUGAUAAAGACGAGUCCAAACAACAAGUUAAAAGCGAGAGAGAUCGAGGCGGAGUGAUACCUCCUGUCAGCGGGAGCCAGCUCAACUCUGAGUCCCAGUUGUCUCCUAGUUGUCUCUGGUUGUGUCCUGUGUGUCUCCUGUGUGUCUCCUGUGUGUCUCCUGUGUGUCUCCUGUUUGUCUCUGGUUGUCUCCUGUGUGUCUCCUAGUUGUCUCUGGUUGUCUCCUGUGUGUCUCCUAGUUGUCUCUGGUUGUCUCUGGUUGUGUCCUGUGUGUCUCCUGUGUGUCUCCUGUGUGUCUCCUAGUUGUCUCUGGUUGUCUCCUGUGUGUCUCCUAGUUGUCUCUGGUUGUCUCUGGUUGUGUCCUGUGUGUCUCCUGUGUGUCUCCUGUGUGUCUCCUAGUUGUCUCUGGUUGUCCCUGGUUGUGUCCUGAGAUGAAGAGGAGACUCCUGCUCGUGUCCAACUCCACCCUCCACGGUGGUGGGUACCUGGGACACUGUCAGGACAACAUCUCUGACUUCUUCGGAAAAGACGUGAAGUCGGUUCUGUUUGUUCCUUACGCUCUGCACGACAGAGACGCCUACACCAGAACGGCCCGGGACAAGUUCCAGACUCUGGGUUACGAGCUGGAAAGUAUCCACGAGGCCUCGGACCCGGUGGAGGCUGUCAGGAAGGCUGAGGGCUUCUUCAUCGGAGGAGGGAACACCUUCCGGCUGCUGAAGAGUCUCUAUGACAACCAGGUGGUGUCGGAGAUCCGGAGACGAGUGAUGGAGGACGGCGUCCCCUACAUGGGCUCCAGCGCCGGGACCAACGUGGCCACCGUCAGCAUCAGCACCACCAACGACAUGCCCGUCGUCUUCCCUCCGUCCUUCUCCGCCAUCGGCCUCGUGCCUUUCAACAUCAACCCCCACUACCUGGAGCCCGACCCCGGCAGCCGCCACAUGGGGGAAACCAGAGAGCAGAGGAUCACUCAGUACCACGAAGAACCCGACACACCUCAAGUCCUGGGUCUGAGAGAAGGGUCCAUGCUGCUGGUGGAGGGAAACCGAGCCACACUGCUGGGAACCACAAAGGCCAAACUCUUCAGCAGGGGACGUCCCUCGGUGGAGUACGACCUCGGCAGCGACCUGAGCUUCCUGCUGACGGACGGCGGCCCCCCCCCCUCCACCUGACUCCACACUCUUCUUCACUGAUCCGUCUGCUUGAAGCACAAUAAAUAUUUGAAAGAAGCAUCGUUGACGUGACGGCUGCUGUGAGCUCUAAUGUUUUCAUGUAGAUCACCCCCUGGUGGCUGGCUGUAGUACAGGUCACAACCCCUCCUCUUCCAUGUAAGCAGACUAAGUGUUUCUGGGGUUUGGUUUUAAUAAGUCAUAUUCAACGACUAGUGAUAUGACAUCAUCACCACAAGAUGGCAGCGUUGGUGUCUGAGAUAUUUUGGCAUCAUUCCUGGAGGAAGUGGAGACGUGUCUUUGUUUAUGAACAGAUUGAUUUGGUCUGAACUUCCUCAUCUCCGCUACAGAUUGUGAAGCAGAGCAACCAUCAGCCACCAGGGGGCGGAUCAGACGUCUGUGGUGUGAAUGUAUCAUCGAGUUAAAGAAGCAAAGUUAACAAGACGACACGUGACACCGAGCCAAACGUGAACAAAUCAGUUUAUUUCUUUCUAAAGGUGAAAUCAUCUGUGUCAAAGUUAUUUUAGUCUCUAGGUGACAGAAUAGAUACAUAAAAAAAACAAAAGUUAAACAUGUUGUCACGGCAGAGGAAGAGAACCAGUGGUGUUAAAUAUAAAAGAGUAGAAAGAGGCUGCAGAUCCGACUCAUCAACACGUUCAGUCACGUCUAGAAACUCAGCUUCGUGUAAAAAGCUUCAGGUCAUCAACAGUGAGUAAAUUCAGUCACACCACAGGUCCACGGGGCGGACGGAUGGGUAGAGCGCCACCACAUGGACACACAUGCACAGAGCAGCGAGUCCCACAAUCAACUAAGGCAGAAAAAUACUAUAAAAGAAUCUGUUGAGAGUGAAGUCGUUAGUUCAUCAGAAGGAAAAGGAAUAAACACAGACCUCCUCAGAACUGGUUUAAAGUUAGAUCAGUGCAAUGAAGAUCAGCUGUUUCUAUCUAACACAAUAAAACAUCAUCUCUGCAAAGCUCGUUAGUCUAAAACAGAAAAUCCGUUUCCUCCAGUGGAGACGAUUCAGCUCAGAGUUCAAACCAGGAAGUGAACCUCUGACGUGAGGGUUCAGCCUCCAGAGGGAUUCUGGGAGUUCACUUUAAGCCUCGUUUCUUUCUGCUGCUGAACUAAAACACUAAUGUUCCUGUGGACUGAUUCCUAUUCUUCUUAUGAACAACUUUAAACAUUAGUUCAUUAUUUGAACCCAAUAUGGGUGAAGUUAUAGCAAAGUUUGUGUUUUCUUUCUAAUACUUUCACACACACACUCAGACACACGUUAAAUAACCAGCUGUUUUCAGUCGAUGUCGUUCUGAGCAGAAAAAUACUUUUUGAAAAUCA